AUGACAGUUUUCCAGCGUCGCGCAGUUACUACCGCUCACAACAUACUAUAUGAGAAGGAUGGAGAGGAAGCCUCAGGAGUUAUCAAGAAGACAGUGGAAGAGAGCUGGACAACAACAGUCCACUGGGAUGCUCUGCCUCUCUGGCUGCAGGAUAAUCAUCACAUUCACACUGGCUACAGGCCAGCAUCAGCUUCGUUUGUGAGAAGCUUCCAUUCUCUGACCUAUAUCCACAAUGAGACUGUCAACAUCUACACUCACCUGCUCCCGGCUCUCCUUACUAUUCCUAUAUCCAUCAUCCUAUAUCAAGCCCUCUCACCGCGUUACCACACUGCAGACCCGGGAGAUAUCGUUGUGCUCAGCUGUUUCUUCGCUGGUGCGGCAUUUUGCCUCGGGAUGAGUGCCCUAUAUCACACGAUAUCAAACCACUCGCCAUGGGUUGCUUACAUUGGCAAUGCAUGCGACUACCUUGGUAUCAUAGGCCUGAUAACCGGCAGCUUCAUUCCAAGCAUCUACUAUGGGUUCUACUGCAUGCCCCAGCUCCAGAGACUGUAUUGGGGUAUGAUUGUGGUUCUUGGAGCAGGAUGUGCCGCAGUGGCGACGGUCCCCCGCUUCCGGGCACCGGCGUUGAGGCCGUUCCGAGCUGCUAUGUUUGUUGCCUUGGGCCUCUCUGCGAUAUUCCCUGUUACUCACGGCGUAGUGGUGCUUGGAUUCAACCAGGCGCGCCAGCAGAUCGGACUGGACUGGUUGAUCACUCAGGGAGCGCUUUAUAUCCUCGGUGCGUCAAUCUAUGCAGCUAGAGUCCCCGAGUGCUUGCAUCCCGGCAAGUACGAUAUUGUUGGGCAUUCACACCAGAUAUUCCACGUCCUUGUCGUCCUUGCUGCUGGCGCCCACCUAACUGGCCUCCUAAAGGCGUUCGAUUAUCGACAUAGCAUGGCUGCCGGGUGCUAA